GCAAGAACACACACCACACCAGCCUCAACCCUCAGCAACGCACACCAAACCGGGAGGUGCCAUCCUACCAGCGGCGCCGCACGCAGUUCUGAUCCCGACGGUGGCAGGAGGAGCUAAACGCGCGCGCCUCGUCUGCUGACGAUGGAGUGGCCGCAGCGCCUCCUCUGCUGCCUCUUCCUGUCCCUCUCGCUGUCCGCGCUCGUGGCGCAUGCCGCGACGCACCGCCACAAAUGGGAGAUUAGCUACCAGUUCAAGCACUCCGACUGCGUGCGCAAGCUCGCCGUAACCAUCAACGGCCAGACGCCCGGCCCCACCAUCCGCGCCACGCAGGGCGACACCGUCGUGGUCACCGUCAAGAACUCUCUCCUCACCGAGAACGUCGCAAUCCACUGGCACGGUAUCCGGCAGCACGGCACCCCCUGGGCGGACGGGACCGAGGGCGUCACGCAGUGCCCGAUCCUCCCCGGGGAUACCUUCACCUACGCCUUCGUCGUGGACCGCCCCGGGACGUACAUGUACCACGCGCACUACGGGAUGCAGCGGUCGGCAGGGCUCAACGGCAUGAUCGUCGUGGCGGCGGCGGCGGGGGGCAAGGACGCGGAGCCGUUCAAGUACGACGGCGAGCACGACGUGCUGCUCAACGACUGGUGGCACAAGAGCACAUACGAGCAGGCCGCGGGGCUCGCCGCCGUGCCCAUAGGAUGGGUCGGGGAGCCAGACUCGCUGCUGAUCAACGGCCACGGGAGGUUCGUCAACUGCUCGACGGCGGUGACCUGCAACGCCACCCACCCGGAGUGCGCCACGCCGGUGUUCGCCGUCGUGCCGGGCAAGACGUACCGGUUCCGCAUCGCCAGCGUCACAUCCUUGUCGGCGCUCAACUUUGAGAUCGAGGGCCAUCCUAUGACGGUGGUGGAGGCCGACGGCCACUACGUGAAGCCGUUCGUGGUGAAGAACCUCAACAUCUACUCCGGCGAGACCUACUCCGUGCUUAUCAAGGCCGACCAGGACCCCAACCGCAACUACUGGCUCGCCUCCAACGUCGUCAGCCGCAAGCCCGGCACGCCCACAGGCACCGCCAUCCUCAGCUACUACGGCGGCCGCACCAGCCCCCGGCGCCCGCCGCCGACCACCCCUCCCACGGGCCCGGCCUGGAACGACACCAUGUACCGGUUCCAGCAGAGCGUGGCGACCGUGGCGCACCCGGGGCACGCCGAGCCCCCGCCGCCGAGCGCCGACCGCACCAUCCUCCUGCUCAACACGCAGAACAAGAUCGACGGCCGCAUCAAGUGGGCGCUCAACAACGUCUCCUUCACGCUGCCGCACACGCCGUACCUGGUGGCCAUGAAGCGCGGGCUCCUGGGCGCCUUCGACCAGCGUCCGCCGCCGGAGACGUACGCGCACCAGGGGUACGACAUCUACGCCGUGCAGAAGAACCCGAACGCGACGACCAGCGACGGUCUCUACCGGCUGCAGUUCGGAUCCGUCGUCGACGUCGUGCUGCAGAACACCAACAUGCUGGCGCCCAACAACAGCGAGACGCACCCGUGGCACCUGCACGGGCACGAUUUCUGGGUGCUCGGCUAUGGCAUCGGCCGCUUCGACCCGGCAGUGCACCCGGCGACGUACAACCUCAAGGACCCCAUACUCAAGAACACGGUGGCCGUGCACCCCUACGGCUGGACGGCACUGCGGUUCAGGGCGGACAACCCCGGCGUGUGGGCGUUCCACUGCCACAUCGAGGCCCAUUUCUUCAUGGGAAUGGGCAUCGUCUUUGAGGAGGGCGUCGAGCGUGUCGGCCAGCUCCCGCCGGAGAUCAUGGGGUGCGGCAAAACCAAGGGCCACUGAGCCACUGACUAAUUGUUAUCACGCAGGCCUGCUGUUAUCCAGGAACUGUACUCGAAUUUUUUUUCUUCAAUUGAUUUUGUGUCAUUUCUU